CAAUAAUUCAUGCAUCGAGAGAAUAACAAGGCUUCCUCAUUACUCUUAAUCCACCAUGACUAGCAUCAUAUCCUAUAAAAUACUUGCUUUUGCAACCCUAUUUCAACCAUAAACUCAGAAACAAAUUUUGAUUUUUCUCAAACAUUGUGCAUCCUCAAAGGAACUGUGACUUUCCCAAAAUCAGAACUUGAAAAAAAUCAGCUUGCAUUUAUCUCUACAUUGAACAAGAAGGAACUUUGGGUUUGCUAUACUAGCUGCUUUGGUAUAUCAUUUUGAGAGUGAAGCUCUUUGAAAAAUGGAAGGUAGUGUGGCAUAUGAGAAUGAUCUAAACCUCGAGGCAACUGAACUAAGAUUAGGGUUACCCGGAACAGAUGAAAGAGAGGAACAAACAGUUUCCAAUGUUAGAAACAACAAGCGACCAUUGCAGGUGGCUGAUGAGGAAUGUGGAGCAAAUGGCAAAUCUAAUACUCAAAAUGAAACUGCCCCUCAUGCCAAAGCACAAAUUGUGGGGUGGCCACCAAUCCGGUCCUAUAGAAAGAAUAACUUUCAGCCAAAGAAAAGUGAGUGUGAGGGUCCUGGGAUCUACGUGAAAGUAAGCAUGGAUGGAGCAGCAUACCUAAGAAAGAUUGACCUGAAAGUUUACACUGGGUACCCGGAGCUCCUGCGGGCUUUAGAGAACAUGUUCAAGUUCACCUUAGGUGAGUACUCAGACAGAGAAGGCUACAAAGGAUCAGAUUAUGCACCAACUUAUGAAGACAAGGAUGGAGACUGGAUGCUAGUUGGAGAUGUUCCCUGGGAAAUGUUCAUCACAUCAUGCAACAGACUAAGAAUCAUGAAAGGAUCAGAAGCCAGGGGCUUAGGUUGUGGUGUAUGAGAAAAUUGUCUCUACCAACAACAACACAUCCAAGAGCAAGGAAAAAACAGAAGAUCCAUCUUUCUCAUGGAGAGAAAAAUCUUUCAGCUUGGGUUCUCGAAGGAGAUUUUUGGAUCUGAUUCUCAGUCUCCUCCGUAGGUAGUCUGGUCAGAAAAUUCGACCGACUAGGAGAGUUUAGAAAUAAAACAGAAAAUAUAAAGGAGGAGUUCACAUUUUCUUUGCUCAGAAGUUUGGCUGCAGCAAACAUAUUUGGUGGUUUGAGCAUCUGUUACUGUGUUUUGCUAUUUUACUCAUCAAACCAAAACUAGAUACAAGAAUCUGUUGCUUCAUGUGCUACUUUGUAAAAAAAAAAAAUUGAAGAAAAAAGGUCACAAACAAGUUUUGGCUUGUAAUAUGAAGAAACAAAGUUGUAUUUCAGCUGUGUGUCUCUGUACAAUUACAUUUACAUAUAUGAAAUGUAUUUCUCCAGAA